AUGCGUAUAACCGUUGCACCUUCUGCAACAACUUCAAACAUUGAAAUUCCAUCUCACUCGAACCAUGCAUGCCUCUCGUGUCGACAGUUACAUCGGAAGUGUGAUAAAACGUUACCUGCAUGCUCGUAUUGUAUCAAAAGAGGCUAUAAAUGUGUUUAUAAAGAACGUUCGGAAAAAUUAACGGAAGAGAAGAAGGCUUCUCAUCCCAUUGUUUUUGUGAAUGUACAUUCGACGACUUGCCAAUCACAAGAACAACGUAGCUCUCGUAGUUGUACAACCCCAACUUUUGACAUUAAAGGUUCCCAUGCGAGUAGUAGCAUUUCAACGCCCUAUUCCAACGCAACAACAAUUGCAACUACUGCUAAUAGUAUCAGUCCCGUGGAAAGUAGAAUGGAACAUCAAAUUAAUUAUGUAUAUACAACCAGACAAACUAUGGAUUUGUACUAUGAUAUACUCUCAAUGGGAUUUCCUUUGGUGGAUCGAAAAACGUUUGACAAAGUAUUAGAAUACCAAACGUCAUCGCGUUCAGGACAAAUCAUGACGAAUGAUUAUCGAUAUGACGUUAUUUGUGACUUGGAGAAAGAUCAAGCAUUGCUUUACACUGUUCAAGCAGUUUGUUUUCAACGAUUGGGAUGUCGUGAAUUGGCUUCAUUUCAUUUUAGUAAUGGGAAACAAUUAAUUGGAAAAUAUUUUGAUGAUGUUGAUUCAAUAAGUAUUAUACUGGGUAUGCGAUUUAUGGCAGAAUAUUUAUUAGGCGUGGGAGAAAAAAGAAAAGCACGAUCGCUAUUAAAUACAGUGAAAGUGAAAGUUAAUCCUUUCAUUCAACAAUUGCAACAAACAGUUAAAGAGUCACACCAAGAUCAAACUCGAACAGAUUACAUUGAAAAGUUGAUGAUGAGUGGACAAGCUAACUGGCUAAUUGUAUAUCUAUUGGAGUCAGAGAUUCGUUUUUUUGAUUUCUUUUAUUGUGAAAUAGAAAACCCAGAGAGCUUUAUUUUAGACGAGCUAGGAAUAUUUACAAAAAAUCAAAUGACGAUUUCAAAGCAGAAUUUAGGAAUAUCUUCUUGCAAGUCCCUUAAUAGAGAAGCUGCGGAAAAACUUCUCUCAAUCAUCGAAGCAUUUAAUUGCAUUGUCAGACUGGCGAUGGACAAUUUUGGAAAGAAGGACGUUCUAUCCGUCCUACUAACAGAAUUUGUGAUGUCUCAACUUCGUUUAGACAUUUUAACGAAUUGCGAUCAAGAAACUCAAGACCUUCAAGAAAUACUUCGAGUUUCUAGACAUGUAAUUCAAUUGACAGAGCAUCGACAUUUUCCUUUCAUCCCAGCCAGUGUCACUAAAGCUGUCAUCACUGCAUGUACUAUAAGAGCAACCUAUUAUUCGUACCUAACUCCAGAAGAUAAUCUUAGAAAUGAUUUACGAGCUUUGAAAAUUCUAUCCGCUCGAUAUCCUCUCAUCCAAAACGAAUACAGCCAUUUAAUCAAAUCAAUAGAGUCACUAACAUACCUACAACACAACUCGGAAGACAUGAUGUUAUUAGCAAACUUACUUCCUUUUAGCGAAGUUGAAACAAGAGUGAAUUGUGGUUGGUCUGACCAAUCCGUAGUGCAUCGUUGUAUUGGUGCAAGCAGUAUUGAGGAGAAAAAUAUGCACUUUAAUCAAUACGAGCGUCACAAAUCAACCCUAAGGGAGCUCAUGAGCGGAUCAGAAAUAUUGGACAUUGUUGUGGAGAGUAUUAAAGAAGAGGUUGCCAUUAAAACGACAAUUACUGACCCAGAGCAACAAAUGGAUUCGUUGAAGAAUAUGAGAUUGAGACUUGGUAGCCAAGUUAUUGAACUGGCCAAGCACAAUAAUGACUAUUCAGGUCAAAUAGCAGGAGAAUUGCUUAAAAAACAGGCACUCUUUGAAUUCAAUCUUUCAAAAGCAAGAUUAGAAAAUCCUGAGUUUGAUCUCACAGAUGAGCUCAAAAAUGAUUUUGUUUAUAGAUUCUUUAUCAGUCGAUCGCGAGAGUGCUCAUGCUAA